AACCUCUCAACUUCAACUCCAAUACUCUUCUUGUUGACACGCCAUCAUCGCUACUCAGGCGGUAUCAUGCCGCCUCUCCUCCCCUUCUCCCUUGAUGCGUUACGUUCGCACGCCAUUUUUGUCCCGCCCGCCUCGACCAGCGAUGACGGAUGGGAACUUGUCGGCCCGCAACCAUCCUAUGACGGACUUCCCGCUUUGAAGAAUGCCCGCCUCGUCGUCCGCGACAGAGACUUGAUCGUCGCGUUUGGCAAAGAAAUUCGCAUGACAAGUCUUUCCAGCGACGGCUUGGAGUUGCGCGGCACAAGUGUUGGGGGCUACAAGACCCUCAAGUCGCCUCACCUUACAUUCACAAUCCAUCAGUUGGUGCUCAACCCUACGGGGCGUAUGCUCGCAGUAGUCGGACACCACCAGCUCGUCGUACUUGUUCUCCCUCGCGCUGGAUUAUCUGGUUCUGCGGGCGGCGAAAUCGUUUGCCGCUCAAUGCCCGUUGACCAGUUUCAGCACUCCCCAUCAUCGCUUACGGCCCUCACCAAGGUGCAAUGGCACCCGUGGGGCGAAGGUGGCAAUUCGCUCUGGGUCCUGGCCUCCAAUGGCACCCUUUUCGAGUACGACAUACUUCACCCGCAGGACCCAGUGCAGACAUUCUCCCUCCUCCCAGCGGAAACAAGUCGCGCAAAAAGCAAGUUCUCGGCCAUUGACCCGCUGUCAUAUCACGCGACUUCGUUUACAUUUGGUUGCGGCAAUGCCGACUUCGCCCCGCUCAUGGUGUACGGCCUGAUGGCAAAUGGCGACAUCUACACAAUGGGUCCUGUCCUGCCGCUGAGUGCCGAUGUGCCAGAGGAGUAUCUUGGCGCCUUGCAAGCCUUUGUGGCGGAGCGGAUGGACGAGAUUGACGAUAUGGAGGUCAAGCAACCCGGACAAGAGGGCAGCGCAGAGUACGCGUCGCUCGUGGGUCGGCGGCAGAUGCAGGAAGCCUGGGUGAGCGCUGUAGUGACUCAGUGUUCAUCGGAUUCGGAGGGAGAGCCAUCAACGCCCUCCACGUCUCCGCGUAGGCGCGGCUAUGGUCUGCCUGCCUCCCCACCACGCUCCGAGAGGUUGCCUCCGCUGCCCGGGUUCGUGCGUGUCCACCCCCCGCAUCUUACCGCCGCAGGCGGCCCAGCGCCGGGCGCUCAUCGUCCACUUGCGAGGCAAGGCCCCCUUCUGUUCAACCCCGCACCGCAGGAAGUCGGUAAUGGCGAUGAUGUCGACGAGCAAAGCGCGACCGACCUCACCAUCUUGCAUGCCUUUGGCAACGUGCCUGAGGGUCAGGAUCCAGGUCUGGGCAUCAACGUUCUUGCUAUUGCGUGGUCGAGCGGGCGCGUUGACCUCGGCAUCGAGCCUGAUGGGUCAGAACCGCGUUGGAUUACGUCUCGCGACCCUGCCCCAACCAAUCCUAUCCUCCAUGUUGUUGAGAGCGUGCUCUCCUCAUUCCCAACGUCUGACCUCGACGCAAUCGCUCUGAACGCGCCUGCUUUCGUUAAGGACCCUAUCCAGUCUGACGUCGUGUAUAUCUCACACGCGUUUGGCGUCGACGCAGUCUCCGUCGCGCCCUGGGUCUCCCAGCUUCUGGCUGGUGAAGGCCAUUUGUCUCCAAGCGACGUCGCGCCGCUUGUCAAGGCGAGCCCAUCGAAACCCGUCGUGGGCGUUGAAACAUUCUGCGAUGUCACAUUGGGCUAUGGCCUCCUCGCGCUCGCCUCGAGCGGCCAACUCGCCACGGUCGAGAUGGACGUGCGUGUGCCCGACUGGAGGUUAUCUGCGCCAAAGUCCGCGCCUGUGCCGGACAAGAACAGCGAGUCUUUGCUCAGCACGCCUUUCGAGGUGUCUCUCCCCGGCGGCGACUUCAACCCAAAAGCAGCAAUCCGGAAAGCGCCCGACUCGCACAAGGCGCUGAGCGCAAUCAGCCCAGAACACAUUACUGCGCUGCGCGACGCGGCCGCGCAGAUCAAAACCCGCUCUCGGGCGGUGGAGGCGGCGAGCGCGAAGGUCGAAGCCCGCCUCGACCUCCAGGUUAAAGAGUACGCGCGGCAGCUCGCCGUGCUCCGCCAAUGCGCUGCAUCCACUUCUGCCCUCCGCUCCGCGGCCAUGCGGAGCACUGAGCGCGCCGAGGCGGUGCUGCAGGCCCAAGAUGCGCUCGGCGACCGCCUCGACGCUGUCAUAACCGCCUUGAUGGCACAGCAGCGACCGCAGAUAGGCGCCGUGGAGCGGAGCUGGUUCGACGAGCUAUACCGCGUCCAGGCGCGCGUGAACGGCGCGCGUGGGGCACCGGGCUUCGCCGCGCGGCUCCAAGUGCUGAAGGAGCAACUGGAAGUGGUGCGCCCGCGCGUAAAGGCGGCGGACGCGCAGGCAGAGGAGUAUGGCGCGCGCCAGCUGCGCCCCCUCCAAGCGGCGGUGGGGAGCAGAGGAGACGAGCUUGCGCGUCUUGUGCGCAAGAUGGACGCGUUGAAUGUGCGUGUCGACGGCAUGGAGUAGGGCAUUGUAAUACAACAUGUCAUGCAGCAGUAUACAGUUA